UGACAUUGUCCAAGACGUCCACCAGUCUAAGACAAGCACUUUUCUGUCGACAAUGGGAGGGUGUCUGAGAUAAUUCCGAUUGUAUUUUUCUCCCAGCUGCGCUUCGAAGGUGCCGGAACCUCCAACAUGCCCUAAUGGUGACGUCAUCAAAUUCAAAGGCGCCUCGUUCUGUGGAGUCUUUGAUCCCAACGGCGAUUCACCACUACCUCUCAUUCUGUUAGGGGGAGGAAAGCCCGAAGCGCGGGAAAGUAACAGAGAGCGUUUUAACACUUUACUUGAGGAAUGUGUGAACGAUCACUGCUGGGAGACGGAGUUUGAAUUUGGUCGUUGUUUUGAGAUGGAGACAUCAAUUGAGGAAGUGUUCAAAGAUCUAGGAAUGCGAGAUUUCUCAGAAAUGGACUUCAUAUGGCGUGACUACGCAAACUGCCAAAAAACUCCGGAGACGGAGUGUCAAGGAAAGCCCAAUACUCACUUUGAACCCUCUUAUGUGGUCAAGUGCCAGCCGACGUGCUCUAGUGCUAUCACUGCCUCAAUUUGCACCGACUAUGAACUCGGUUCAGGGUGUGUGUGCAACGAUGGGUUCUUCCUCAACACUGAGAUGCAGUGUGUCACGGAGCAAGAGUGUACCAACGAGUGCACGCUUCAGAUGGAAAAUGGGGAAUUGAUCAGGCUCAAGGAUCAGGAGUUUGUGGUUAUUGAAGCCUGCAGGAGGACAGCCCAGUGCGUCAGUGGCGUAAUAAACGAGCAAGUCGAUGAGACCGGUUGUGAUUUACACGCUGUGUGCAGCCCUGAUGGCCUACAGUGUGUCUGUAAGGAAGGCUUCUAUGGUGACGGAAAAACAUGUGAAAAUAAGCGAACCUGCAGAGAGGGCUACGUUUCUAUGGGUGACCUCUGCUAUCGCUUUGUCCCUGAUAAACUUGACUGGCACAGUGCUGCACUUACUUGCGGGGCUGAGGGAGCACGUCUUGCAAGAUACGACUCAGAGGAAAAUGAUGAACUUGUGCACUUUGUGCAGAAGUCUAAACUAUUUUACCUGAGUUCCAUGGCCAAAAUCCGGUAUCUGCACUGCCAAGGAGGUUCAACGUGUCGCAUACCCAAGAACGAAGUUGCUAUUAACAUCAAAAUUGCGGAGACAGCAAAUGCCAAUGCUUGCAAGGGAAAGUUCCAGCUUUCUGAUGACCGCAGGAAAGUUGUUGUGACUGGCAACUGUGAUGCUACGUUUUCUCUCAGCUGUGUGUUGGCUUCAGUGUGGUCAGCAUCUCCAGUACCAGUUUUGUGGGUAGGAGGAAACACACACGUUUUGGGCUUUGAAAAACGUAAUGGAAAAUCUCCAUUCCAAGUGGACCCACCCCGACUGAUUGAUGAGGAAGCGGUAGAAGAUCCUGUUGGCUGCUUCCAAGCCACGCUCAAUGAGAAAGAACGACUUAUUCUCUCAACAAAUCCAGACUGCAAGAAUGUUCAACCCUUCAUCUGCGAAUAUCAAAACACGGAAGAGAAGUUGAAUGAUCCAAAUGAUGUUGACAGCGUUGCUCAGAAGGUCAACCAUCAAGGGGCCAUCGCAAAAUGUGCUGAGCUGGGAAGACCGCUGUUGAAGAUCACCAAUAAUGAGCAGUUGAAGAAGGCUAAACAUAUCAUUCAAAAGCAACUCAGAAAUGAUGCCUGGCUAGAUGCCAGGUUUGCCCCUGAAUUGGAGGCCUUUAUGUGGUCAGAUGGUACUGCCAUUGACUUCAACAACUGGGAAAGGAUGCCAUUACCUUCAAGAGGAUCGGUAGAGACCCACUGCUUGGCUAUGAGCAAAAAAACUGGCUUUUGGUAUGCUGAGAGAUGUGAUAGGCGCUUGUUUCCUCUGUGCGGUCCUCAUGAGGGUGUGAAACCCACGAUCUUCACUCCACCAUUCCCCAUCCCUGGCCCCACCACCCUGGAGAAGAUCAAGGAACAGCUACACAAACAUGGCGCAGAGGCUUACCUCUGUGAUGAACCUGUUGAGAUCAGGUGCCGUGCUAAGAAUGAACUGACGGAUCAGUGGGUGACUGACACGACCCAGGAAGGUGCCACCCUGAGCUGCAAGAAGACGGAUAUUUCUUGUAAAGGGGGACAGGGCUUGGAUUGCAGCACAUUUGAAGCUGAAUUCCUCUGUCCAGAACCCGAGGAUCAGUGUAAGGAAUUGGCUGCUCUUGGCGCAACAGCAUGUGAAGGGGGGCAGAUAUGUCAGCCGUCAAACAACCACUACAUCUGUAAAUGCCCAACUGAUAAGGUCUUCAGUAAGAUUGGCCAAGCCUGCGUCACUCACUGUGGCGAGUGUGUUGCUUCAGGGGACCCACAUUACAUUGAUUACAAUGGCAACAAAUUUGACUUUCAGGGCGAGUGCAGGUACAAGUUUUCUGGUGUCUGUGAAAAGGACAAAGAUGGUGAAUCGAUGAACUAUGACGUUUACACAAAGAACAAAGCAUGUGGAGUAAGACAGGGAGUUUCCUGUAUCAGUCAGGUUGAUAUUCAUCUAAGGAACAUGCAAGUGAUAAGAAAUGGUGCAAAGACUAAGGAGAAUUUCGAAUUCAAAGUUGCUGUUCGUGCCAGGAGUUUUAGGUUGAACGGCAAAGUGAUCAAGCAGACAAGUUAUGGAGAACUUGGAGUGUACAAGACCAGAGUGAAACCAAACUACUUCAGCCUGAUUGUGCCGAAGCUGGAAAUGACAGUGACGCUAAGCUGGAACAAACUCACUGUGAAGGCACCUACCUCUUUUGUUGGCAAAAUGUGUGGUUUGUGUGGCGACUGCGACGAUGCAGAGACUUUCCGUCUCAGAAAUGGCACAAACGUGAACAUACCUAAAUGGAGAGAUCGUUGGAGUCGUGCAGCUAUGGCGCCGUUGGGGCAAGAUUGGGUUGUUCCAGAUCCAGAAGCUGUCGAUGAAAUAUGCGACACACCUGUGGAACCUGAGGGUGAGUGCACUAAAGAGAUGGAGGAUAAACUGGCAGCGGACGACAUGUGUGGCAUUUUCUAUGAUGAGACUGGACCUCUUGCUGACUGUUUUAGGACUCCAGGCAUGGACCUGGAAGAGCACUUUCAUAAUUGUGUUUUUGACGCCUGUUACCAGCCCGAUCCGAUGGAGUCUGUCUGUGUUUCUGUCCAAGGAUUUGCCCAGAUUUGCUUGACAAAGGGCGUGUACCUUGACUGGAGACGUGAUGACUUCUGCCCCUGGAACUGCACAGCGAAGGAAAUGUACCGUUCGGAUGCGUCGUGUGAGCCUACUUGUGGUGAAGUGUCUGUGCUGGGCAUCUGUGAGGAACCUCCUGAAGAAGGCUGUGUGUGCCGUGAUGGGCUCAUGAGACAAGGACAGAAGUGUGUCACACCGGAGGAGUGUGGUUGUUCUGUCCCAAUGCCCGACGGUUCAACCUGGCUUUUGACCAUCGGUGAGUCUGUUCUGAUGCCUGAGUGUACAGAACGUUAUACAUGUAAAGUCCUGCCUGAUAAAACGACUGAAGCUGUUGCGGAGCCGUACUCUCUUAAGCUGAACUUCAUCUGUGUACCAGGAUACCCAACCACUGUGGAGUGUGCCAAGGGAUUCGUCCUGUCAGAGGAUAAGAAAACCUGCAUUAGGGAUUCGGAGGGCUGUAUAGAUGGAUAUUCCGACGCUGAUGGGCUCUGCAUCAAGACUCCUGAGGAAGAGAAUGUGUGGAGGCAGGCCGUGGAAGCUUGCAAUAGACAGGAUGGCACUCUCAGCUUUGUGGACACAGAGACCAAAUUGAACGCAUUGAGAGUCGUCAUGGUAGAAAAAGGAUACAAGUCCCUGUAUGUGUCUGGCAAAGUGAAAGUAACCGUAGAUGAAAAUGAAGAGAUCAAAUUGAGGCCUUUCCUCACCCCUGCUCAGCAAGACAAAGUGGAGUACGCCAACUACCACGUCCCGGACUACCUGCUCUCCGUGGCAGUGGUCAGCGAUGACUUCUCUCCACAGACUGUGAUCUCGUCAGCAGAAGACAUCGUUCUUGGCCUGGUGGUCAGGUUGGAUGAGAGUGGAGAAGGUGUCAUUGUGCUGGCGGUACCAACCACCACGCCAUCCAACUUUGCCUGUGAGCAGAGAACACCAGAUGAGAAAGACAAAGACUGGUAUGGCCCUUGCAACACAGACAGCGUCAUGGAAGAUGAUGGAGAUCAGGAGCUGUUGUCCAGCCUGCUACUGGACAACAAAUGCUUGAUCUGUCCUAAACCCAUGGCUGUGCGUUGCAAUGUAGUUAAAGGUAAACCUGCUACUGGAGCCACAGUGAAUGGAGUAUGUGAGCUCAACGUUGAAGGUCUUCUCUACUCUUGCGAUGAAGGUGCUGCCUGCAUAGACAAAAAUGUGGAAGUACAGUGUAUUAAAGAUAUUGAUGAGUGUGCCUUGGGUAUUGAUGACUGCACUGGUAACACCAAAUGCAUCAACACAAUCGGAGCCUACAAGUGCAAGUGUCCCAAGGAAAUGCCUCUUAUGGUCAAUGGACGUUGUAGACCCUCAAAAACAUGCACCAUGGUCGGCCCGCAAAUCCCCAACGGCUACUUGUUUGACUUCAAUGGAUUCAGCAACAGACCUGCCCUCUUUGACUAUGACUGCAAUUAUGUGCUGGCAGCUCCCUGCCAGAAUGCUUAUAGUGAGGCCAUUGGACUGCCUUACAUUAACUUUGCUGUAAUCACCUCACGUGAGGAGGAGCUUGAGAUGUCCGUCAUGGCCACUAUCUACCGUCCAAAGGCCCCCGAAAUGAAAAUGUGGAUUAUCAAUCCAGCUCUUCUGAAGAGAGGAGUUUUUAGGUAUGGCAACAAAGGAGAAAACCUAACAGAAACCCAGCUAAACUUUGUGUGCCUGUCCACCCGUACCAAAUACAUCUUCAAGGAGCCCGGCACCCUCAUUAUAAAGAGUCUGGACAACUUCUACAAAGUCAAGAUUAGGAUGGAUCCAUUUGAUAUCAAGAUUGAGCUGCCCGAUCCUAUGAUCGAGAUGAUGUGUGGAGUCUGUACCACCGAACCAGAAGUCUACGGAGAGAAGAUCUAUCUGACCCCGUCCCAAAUGGAGGAAGUUUCUCUAGGCACCCCCUUAUGUACUCCACAUGUGCCACCGCCACCACCAACCACAACUACAACAACCACCACGACUACCACAACCACAGUAGCGACAACCACUACAACCACAACCACAACCACUCCUGCACCUAUUGACCCAUGCUCACCAGAGAAAAGGAAUGUGUGUAACCUUCUGAAAGAGUACUGCGGGUAUACUUUGGAAGUGUGUGAGACAUAUCUGUGCAUAGCAGCUCCAAAUAUAUGCGAGUAUUUGGCUGAGGUAGAGAUUCCAUCUUGUACGAACUCAUAUGAAUUGCAACAGCUGGGGGAACAAAGCGAAUGUGAUGAGUUAUGCGGACCCCAGAUGCGGUUCAGAUACACACUUGUAACAGAGCAACCAACCUGUACUCAGCCGGAUUCCGCCCCAAUUGAGGGAGAAGAUGCGUUGGAUGACUAUGCAUUUGGCUGUGUGUGUAAACAAGGGUUUGUCUUGAGCGGUGGCCUGUGUACCCGUAUUGAGGAGUGUGGCUGCGUAAUGCCUGAUGGUGUUUAUAAACUUCCUGGGGAUGUAUGGAGAAGUGAGAACUGCAGCAUGAUCUACACGUGUCUUGGUGGGAACGAGAUGAGAAAGGAAGAGUCCCCAUGCGGCCCAAACACGGUGUGUGUGCAGACUGAAAAGGAACUAACUUGUCAAUGUCAAGAGGGAUUCUUCGGCAACCCCAUCAUGCCGGAAGGAUGUGAAGAGGGUACAACACCUCCGGAUGGUUCUAAGACAUGCUACACCUAUGUCAACGUUGAUGGCUCUAAGGAGGAGCGGUGUAACUGCAGCAUGGGAUUCAUCUCUAGCUGCAACGAUUGCGAAGAUAUCGAUGAGUGCAAACUUGGCCUUCACGACUGCGAGUUGGGCAAAGAGAAUUGUGUGAAUAUACCUGGCGGUUUUGAAUGCGUCUGUGCUGAUGGCUUCAAGGAGGUGGGAGAAGAGUGUGUUGAUAUUGAUGAAUGCAGCCAGAAUCCCAAACCCUGCGGAGAUCACGCUGGAUGUGUCAACAAAGAUGGAACUUUUGAGUGCAGGUGUUGCACAGGAUACUUUCUUAACCAAGAGACAAAUGAGUGUGAACGUGAUAAAAUUGCCAUCCCAACCCUUCCGGAGAAUGCACAAUGCUGUGCUGUGUGCAACAUCCCAAUGAUCUGUCGUGAUGUGACGAGUGAGCCGUCUCCACUUUGUUACACUCUGUCCACUGGCCAGCAAAUGACCUUUUCCAGUGGGCUGGUUCUGUUCCAGGUCUUGUGCAUUAGCAACCUGGAGUUUGAUCCCACCAAAGUUAGGAAAGGCCCGUGUACUGACAAGACGCCCGUUAUUACAACUGGCAUAGGAAACACCCGUCAGCCACUGCCCGGCAACUGUGAUGACCCUGCCCUGGGAGACGCUUUGCCACCUCCUCCACCAGAACUGGCUACAGGGGAGGUGUGUGGCCCAGCCUAUUCCGCGACCCUACAGACGUUCUCGUCCUAUGCAGAGAUGCUGGUGUAUGUGUGCGUUCAGUUUGGAGGCCCACAGAACAUGCCCAAGUCAAGCCAUAUUACGGCUCAGAAAGGAAAAUGUGGCCGUGGGCCUGGUGCCCGUCCAGGACCUCGACCUGCUGAGCCUCAGUUUGGCAAGUGGACUCUCUAUGGGCGCUGCAAGUUCAGCAAUUCAGCACUGGGUUGUGGUCCAGGCUAUCAGACCAGGACACGUGUGACCAUUGCAUACCAGGACGGGCGCCUGACACGGCUGACAGAACUGUAUGAGGUUCGGGAGAGUCGCCCGUGCUUUGUACCCUGUGUAGACCCUGGAACUGGCGUGCCUGUGGACUGUCCAGAAGUGUCCAUGUGCUCCUUCACAGACCCAGUGUGUGGGGCAACAGGCCCAGGUCCCAGUAAGACUUUCUCCAGCGAGUGUGAACUCAACGUGCUCUCCUGUCUGGCUGGGGUGACUCCGAUCAAGCUUUAUGCCGGAGAAUGUGAUCCAGAUGAUGACGUGCCCGCUAACCGCAUGUGUGAGCGAGACGGCCCCAUUAUGACCAGCGUCAAGUACACGUACGAUGACCCCAUACAGAAGUGCUACGGUCCGGUGAUAGAGAUUGGCACCUGUGGCACCUUAUUGUGUGAAGGAAGCUCCAAGACUUGCUGCAAGGCAACGGAGAAAGACAUGGUUGAGGUCAAUGUCAACUGCUACUCCACAGAGGACCUUGGAUUCUUCCUGAAAUCUUGGAAGCAUGUGUACUACACGGCCACCAAAUGUGAAUGUCAAGAGGACUCAGGGGAAGAAACUGCUGCAGAACAGCCAUGAGUCCACAACUAGGUCGGCUUUAACACUAGUCCGAACAGGAACCUGGAUUAUAUGCAGUUCCUGGGGAAGAAAGUAUUAAUCAAUCUACUAAUAAACAACAAGCAUGUAAAAUGA